CUUGUAAGCCAGAGGUGAAAGUGGCUCAGCAGAGCAACAUCAGGAAAUCUGGCAGACUGGAAGAGCACAGCUGCCUCCCUGGGCAGCUGCCACGUGUGAAGCAUGGAGGAAAGUAAAAAUGAGAAGGUGAACCAGGCUCAUGUUCUCUUCGACAGAUUUGUCCAGGCUUCCACCUGCAAGGGGACUCUCAAGGCUUUCCAAGAGCUCUGUGACUAUCUAGAACUAAAGCCCAAGGACUAUCGUUCCUUCUAUCACAAACUCAAGUCUAAGCUCAAUUACUGGAAAGCCAAAGCCUUGUGGGCCAAAUUGGAUAAAAGAGGCAGCCAUAAGGACUACAAGAAGGGGAAAGCAUGCGCCAACACGAAGUGUCUGAUAAUUGGGGCUGGACCCUGUGGCCUUCGUACAGCCAUCGACCUGUCAUUCCUGGGAGCCAAGGUGGUGGUCAUAGAAAAGAGAGAUGCCUUUUCCCGCAAUAACGUGCUGCAUUUGUGGCCAUUCACCAUCCACGACUUGAGGGGCCUUGGCGCCAAAAAGUUCUAUGGCAAAUUCUGUGCAGGAUCCAUAGACCAUAUCAGUAUCCGUCAGCUCCAGCUCAUCCUUUUGAAGGUUGCCUUGAUCUUGGGAAUAGAGAUCCAUGUCAAUGUGGAGUUUCGGGGGCUUGUUUACCCUCCGGAGGACCAGGAGAAUGAAAGAAUAGGUUGGCGUGCAUUGGUCCACCCCAAAACCCAUCCAGUGUCUGAGUAUGAGUUUGAAGUAAUCAUUGGAGGGGAUGGCAGGAGAAACACCUUAGAAGGGUUUCGCCGGAAAGAAUUCCGUGGUAAACUUGCAAUUGCUAUCACAGCGAACUUCAUCAACCGCAACACCACAGCUGAAGCCAAAGUAGAAGAGAUCAGUGGUGUGGCCUUCAUCUUCAACCAGAAGUUCUUCCAGGAUCUCAGAGAUGCCACAGGCAUUGACUUGGAGAACAUUGUCUACUACAAAGAUGAUACGCACUACUUUGUCAUGACUGCCAAAAAGCAGAGUUUGCUGGAUAAAGGAGUGAUACGGCAUGACCACGCUGACACUGAGGUCUUGCUCUCACGGGAGAACGUGGACCAGGAGGCUUUGCUGAACUACGCCAGGGAAGCAGCAGAUUUCUCCACUAACCAGCAGCUGCCGUCGCUGGAUUUUGCCAUCAACCACUACGGGCAGCCCGACGUGGCCAUGUUUGACUUCACAUGCAUGUAUGCAUCUGAGAACGCGGCCCUGGUGCGCGAGCAGAACGGCCACCAGCUCCUUGUGGCGCUGGUCGGAGACAGCCUGCUCGAGCCGUUUUGGCCAAUGGGAACUGGAAUAGCCAGGGGAUUUUUGGCUGCAAUGGACUCUGCUUGGAUGGUACGAAGUUGGUCACUUGGAGCUAGUCCUUUGGAAGUUCUUGCAGAGAGGGAAAGCAUUUAUAGGUUGCUGCCUCAGACCACCCCAGAGAACGUGAGUAAAAAUUUCAGCCAUUACAGCAUUGAUCCUGCCACCCGAUAUCCCAAUAUCAACGUCAACUUCUUGCGGCCACAGCAGGUACGCCACUUGUAUAAUACAGGAGACUUGAAGGACAUUCACCUGGAGAUAGAGAACUUUGUGAACUCCAGGACACCAAAGCUGACUCGAAAUGAGUCUGUAGCCCGCUCUAGUAAAUUGCUCAGUUGGUGCCAGAGGCAGACUGAUGGAUAUGCUGGUGUUAAUGUGACAGAUCUCACAAUGUCAUGGAAAAGUGGCUUAGCUUUGUGUGCCAUUAUCCACAGAUACCGUCCAGAUUUAAUAGACUUUGAUUCCUUGGAUGAACACAAUGUGGAGAAGAAUAACCAACUGGCCUUCGACAUCGCUGAGAAAGAGUUUGGAAUAUCUCCCAUUAUGACUGGAAAGGAAAUGGCAUCUGUUGGAGAGCCAGAUAAGCUGUCGAUGGUGAUGUACCUCACACAGUUCUAUGAGAUGUUCAAAGACACCAUCCCCUCUAGUGAUAACCUGGACUUGAAUGCAGAAGAAAAGGCUGCCCUGAUUGCCAGUACCAAGUCUCCCAUCUCCUUCCUCAGCAAACUGGGACAGAGCAUCUCUCGGAAGCGCACUCCCAAGGACAAAAAAGAAAAGGAACUGGAUGGUGCAGGAAAGAGGAGAAAAACCAGCCAAUCUGAGGAUGAGGACCUCCCACGAAGCUACAGAGAAGAAAGGCCCACACUGGUGAGCGCCCUAACAGAGAGGAGAAUUGAUGCUGCCAUUGGGAAUCAGAACAAAGUCAAGUCCAUGGCAACCCAACUACUGGCCAAGUUUGAAGAGAAUGCACCAGUGCCAUCCUCAAACUUACGAAGACAGCAACCUGUCCUGCCUUAUCAAGAACGUGUUCACAGCCAGCCAUCCAGCAGACGAGAGCAGGGCCGGCUUGCUCCCAUACCUCAGUGGAAACAGGGCUCGCUGAAGAAGGAGUUCCCCCAGAACCUGGGAGGCAGCGACGUGUGUUACUUCUGCCGCAAGCGGGUCUACGUGAUGGAGAGGCUCAGUGCCGAGGGCAAGUUCUUCCACCGCAGCUGCUUUAAGUGCGAGUAUUGCGCCACCACCCUGCGCCUGUCCUCCUACGCCUAUGACAUCGAGGAUGGUAAAUUCUACUGUAAACCUCACUACUGUUACCGAGUCUCUGGUUAUGCUCAGAGGAAGAGGCCAGCAGUGGGUCCUCUGUCAGGAAAGGACACCAAAGGACCUCUCCAGGACGCCAUGGCCAGCGAUGGGAAUGGAAGGGCCAACAGCAUCCCCGCCUCAACAGAGAGGGCCCCAGGUUCCAGUGUGAAUGGGCUGGAGGAGCCCAGCCUGGCCAAGCGGCUGCGGGGCACUCCAGAGCGCAUCGAGCUGGAGAAUUACCGGCUGUCCCUGCAGCGCGAGGAAGAGCUGGAAGAGGUCCCCGAGGAGACACUGGCAGAGCACAACCUGAGCAGCGUGCUGGACAAAGGGACAGAAGAGGAUGUGCCCAGCAGUAGUUCAGAAUCUGAGAUGGAGGAGGAAGAUGAGGAGGAAGAUGAUGAACUAUUGCUGCCUCAGCAACCCCCUUCAGACUUGGGUGGUGUGCCAUGGAAAGAGGCUGUGCGUAUCCAUGCCCUCCUGAAGGGAAAGAGUGAAGAAGAGAUUGAGGCUGAGCAAAAUCAUGAGAUUGAGUACAAAUACGAUGAUGAGGAGGAAGAAUACGAAGAGGAGGAAGAUGAGGAGUCAAGUGAAGCAUCCGACCUUCCCUCCGUACGCCAUGAGGCAGUACAGGCGUGGCUGGAGACGGUCCCUGGAGCUCCAUGUGAGGAGGAUAAUGUGGAGGAUGAGCUGGGCACAGAGCCUGCAGACACAGAAGGGCAGGCAGGUGAAGAGGGAGACACGGGUGCAGAGCUGGACGAUGACGACAUCGCAUCUGAUGCAGAAGCAGAGUUUCGCUUGCGUCAGGCUGGUGUAGAAGGACCAGAACUAAAAGUCUCUGAGGAUGAAGAAGAUGAAGAAGCAGAAGAAGAAGAAGAAGCAGAAGAAGAAGAAGAAGCAGAAGGUGCUUCUCGCAGUGUGACAGAAGAUCCAUGCAAGCCAUCAGUCCCUAUCCAGCCCUCUAGUGACAGUGUUCUUCCUCUGUCUCCAGCUGCUAGUCCCAAAGCAGAGCAAGCAGAGGAUGCAGAAGAUCCCCUGGCUGAAGUAUGCCAUGCAAUAAAGUCCCCAGAGCCGCACUUUUUUCCUGAGCCUUUCAUUCUUGAGGGAAGACCAAAGGAUGACAUUCCCAAAGACAGGAAAGUUAAGAGCCCUUUGGCGCCACCAUCUCCAGUGUUGUCGCAGCCGGUUGCAUCACCAGAAGCCAUUGCACCCCCACCACUAGCAGAGUCUCAGCCAGAAGCACCAGCACUGCCCUCACCCCCAGCAUCUGCUCAAACACCUAUCUGUUCCCAGCCUUUACCUUCUGCUGAAACAUCCAUUUCAUCCCCAGUGGAGCCUCCAGUGUGUUUCCAACCUGUCCCAGCCUUAACAUCUACUCCUUUAGCCAAAUUGGCCCUUAGAGGCCAGGAUGGGCAGGUGGAAAAACUGAGGAGCCCUACCACUGCAGAAGAAGCCCUGAAACGGAGCAGCCUUGUAGAGGAGUUCUGGAUGAAGAGUGCUGAAAUCCGGAGGAGCUUAGGGCUCACCCCCGUGGACAGAAACAAACGCUCAGAGAGCAACUUUACUGUGUCUUCUCUGGAGACAACUCCUCAGAAGACUUUCAACAGCAGGGAUAUUUCGGGGGAUGAAAGGAUCCAUCCUGUGAAACCCCAGCCUGCCCCAAGAAGACAGGGACUAACCAAGCUAGAAAAUGAGCAGAUUUCUCUGCUCACUCCAAAGUCUCCAUCAGAAAAAGAGCUAAAGAUUUCCAGUGAAGUACGGGGAGAUGUAUCUAGUAGCUCUGGGCUUGGUCUUCAGGAGAGCUCAUCUAACAUGAGAACUAUGGCUAGCCAGAGCUUCAACACUUCUGACUCCACCAUGCUGACUCCUCCAUCGAGCCCGCCCCCACCACCUCCUCAGAAUGAGGAGCCAGCCACACUGCGUAGGAAGAGGUACCAGGCACUCUGGCAGAAUGAGGUUGAAGCUAGGUCACCUCCAACACCAGCAUCAACACCUCCUGCUCCCCGACACCAGGAGCCAGCCCCUCCUGCCAAGGAGUGCCCCCCAGCCAAGAGAGACGACGUGCGGAAAUCGUUCGCGGAGAGCGUGGAUGAAAUUCCAUUUGCUGAUGAUGUAGAAGACACGUAUGAUGACAGGACAGAGGACUCAAGCCUUCAUGAGAAGUUCUUUACACCUCCUACCAGUAGGCCAAGGCCAGAGAAACCACAUAUUUUGCCCUUGGUCAAAGAAAAUGGUGGUCCACCCUCAAUGGAAGGACGGGUUCACCAAAAGAAGAGAGUGUUCCCUGACAUUUCUGUGGAAGCCAAGGAGCUUGCUGAGGAAAGAAUGAGAGCCAGAGAGAAGUCUGUCAAGAGCCCAGCACUACGUGAUGCCAUGGCUAAACAGUUGAGUAAGAUGAAAGAUAUGGAGAUGGCUGCUGCUACUGGGGCCACAAGGGCAAGAAAAGCAUCUUCUAUGCCCUUGAAGACCAAAGAGUUGUUUUAUGACUCUCCAAAGCAUUUGGCCUUGAAAUUAGCAGAGGGAUCUGCACAAAAACAUAAUUCUGCUACUGAGAAGUACUCUACUCCUCCUGCUGAUAUGGCUGGACCUGAAGGGUCUGUCAGCUCUUCAGAAGGCUCCAGUGGGAAAAGUAAGAAAAGAAGUUCCCUCUUCUCACCUCGUAAGAACAAAAAGGAGAAGAAAUCCAAAAAUGAUACCAGACUUUCUGACAAAUCUAGUGGUGGGACAGAGGAAGCAACAAAGCCUAGGUCGUUAUGGAAGUCUGUUUUCUCUGGAUAUAAGAAAGACAAGAAGAAAAAGGCUGAUGAGAAAUCCUGCCCAAGUACUCCCUCAAGUAAUGCCACUGUGGAUUCUGGCAAGCACAAACCCUCUCCACUGAUUACAGUUGCAGAUUUACAGCUCCGUCAGCACCUGAGUUUCUCAGAGGACUCAGACCUCUCCAGUGAUGAUAUUCUGGAACGCUCCUCCCAGAAAUCCAAACGAGAGGCGUUUCAUGAGAAAUUCUGCAUUUUCCAAGAGAUGCAGAAGAAUGAGUCGAUCUAUGUACCACACGCCUUGGCAUUCAAGAGAUCAUACUCGUCAAAGAGGGCCUACACAGAAGAGGAGCUGAACGCCAAGCUGACGCGGCGAGUACAGAAAGCUGCCCGCAGACAAGCCAAGCAAGAGGAGCUAAAGAGGUUACACAGAGCUCAGAUUAUCCAGCGGCAGUUGGAACAAGUAGAAGAGAAGCAGAGGCAACUUGAGGAGAGAGGAGUUGCUGUGGAGAAGGCCCUUCGAGGAGAAGCAGACUAUUGGGGAGAGUCUUAUUACAGUGACCUCAUCGACUUGCAUCUGGGUGUUGAGCCCAAUGCCGGGACACCACGUCGUAGACCUCUCUCCUUCUGCCCUUGCUGUGCCCAUGAAGGCAUGGGUAAGAAGGAUGACCCCAGGCUGAUGCAGGAGUGGUUCAAGCUGGUGCAGGAGAAGAAUGCCUUGGUUCGCUACGAGUCUGAACUGAUGAUAUUUGCUCGGGAGCUAGAACUGGAAGACAGGCAGAGUCGACUGCAGCAGGAACUCCGUGAGAGGAUGGCAGUAGAAGAUCAUCUGAAGACAGAUGAGGAGCUCUCAGAGGAGAAGAGGAUCCUGAACGAAAUGCUUGAAGUAGUGGAGCAGAGAGAUUCCCUUGUGGCUCUCCUUGAGGAGCAGCGGCUUCGAGAAAAAGAAGAAGACAAGGACCUGGAGGCAGUCAUGCUUUCCAAAGGUUUUAGCUUGAACUGGUCCUGAGCUUAACACGUUUACAUCUGCUGGUCUGUGCUGUCCAGUUGGCCUACCCUGAGUUCGCCAGAGUUACACGGAUAGGAAGAUGUUGAAGGGGAAACCUCCGAAGGGUCCACCAGCAUGCAGGGACUUGGUUUGAUGCACUCAGAAGCCUUUUGAUAAGUGUGUGGGUUCCAGAAACUUAAGUUUUACAUGUCUGCAAGCCAAGUUGAAGAAAUGAGUUGAGACCGUGGAGUCUCCUUGAGGUCGUGUACAAUGGACUGUAUUUUGUGUGUGUGGUAGGAGGGAGGGGGGAAUAAUCCAUGUGUAGGGAAGGAGGUUAAGGGAAGAAGUACCCUUAACUACAUUGGAUUUAAGGCAGUCCAUUCCUUUCCCGUUUUUACUACACCAGUUCUAAUAAAAGGGAGGGGAAGUGGCAACCCUUCCUGAAAAACCACAGCAACCUGUAGCAGUGGAGUCAGCUGUCCAAGAGAGCUCCAGAAGCCCAGGGCAACACCUUCUUUGCUUUAGUCUUCCUCCCCACCAAAGAAACAUGCAGUUGAUCCUUAUGCAUGGAUAUGAAGAAAUACAAGACAGAGAAGAUAUUGCUAUAUGUGAUGGAACUCUCUGCCCCUUGGUUUUUGGAGAGAAGUGGGCAUCAGUGGACUCUUUCCCUACCUUAGCCUCCUAAAUCUUCUUGCGGGGAGCAAGGGGAGCAGGAGAGGGAAGAUGCCCAUCUGCUUUGCUACACACUGGAAAGACAGCUACUGCUGGCCUUAGUCUUCAUGGCCACAGCUCAGAGGCUGGUGGGCUUCCUUGUUUUGUUUUUGUGACUGUUUUGACACUGGAAAAUACUGCUGUGGGACAGUGGUAAGUGUGUGCUGGGGCAGGGGUGUGUUCCCAGGCAGCAUUCCCUGGUUAUUAGGCCCCUAAGAGGGAGAAGCCCUGAAGUGACUGAACCACCAUUAAGAUUUUUCAGUGUUUUUAUUUUUUUUUCCUCUGUAUUUUGUUUUUGCACAUUGGAAACAAAGCUUAAGACCUGCCUGGGCCCUCAGUCACUUUGACCCUUUUAUGUCAAUUAACUUAUUUUUUUAAUACUUGAAAGAAGAUUCAUUUUUAUAUCUUUCAGGAAAAAAAAUGGACGAGUGAUGGGUGUGUGUGCCUGCUGCAUCCUACAACUUCCACUUCAAAAUUACUGGACGUUGUUACCUGUGGCUAUUUAUUAGUGUUCUUAUUAAUAAUUUGAUUGUUACACAUAUUUGAUUGUGGAGGGAGUGUUUGAACUCUGUUGGAGAAAGACACUACUGUGGAUUAGUCCCUGCUUCACAGCAAGGGCAGCCUUUAUGUACCCAUGGAUGCAUCCUGCCCUAGGAGUUUUCCUCUAUGAAAAAAAUCCUGUGCACUCAUGGAGUUUAAGAAUCUAUUUGUGUUCUUAGUGUCCUUUUCUUCCACAUCCCAGAUUCUCUCUUUUGGACUAACAAACCUAUGUUUAUUUAAAUUUUACAUUUUCAUAACAAGAAAGCCAAAACUGGUGAAAGUGGAAAAAAACUGGUGAGGUGGAAAUAUGCCAUAUGUCUCUUCCUCACUGAAAGAGGAGAUCCUCACAGUCCUGAUACAGUUCAAGGGAUUUCCAUGAGAACAAAAACAGCACAUUUCCUGCUGCAUCUAUUGGAAGAAGCUCCUUUUGGCCCAGUUAGUGAAUCUGCUGCUUUUCAGCUAGGAGUUGCCUGACUGUAACCACACGACAACCAAUGAGCAGGAUAUGCACCGAGCAGCUCAGCACCAUUCCCUGUGGGACAGACUCCCUGGGUAAACCAUGUCCUUAACCUAUCCUGCAGAGCUGAAACAGCAUCGUGCACUUGGGAUGCAUCCCAUCCAUGAUGUGUCCAGAGGGUUUCCCUCCUUGGGAUGCUGGCUGUGUUCUUUUCCUGUUGAAGAAGUACCAAGCCUGCUUUCUGACGUCUUUGAGAACAUGUCCCAUUCCCAAGCACAUUUGUACAGUGUACUGACUCUUCCAGCUUGAACUGACACUGCCAGUGCGAGGCACCCCAGCAGGGCUGAACAUCCUUCAGUGUUUUGCCCCGGCACAGAAGUUUGCAUGGUUUCUUGCUGUUGGCUGUCUACCUCCUUCAGAGGGGUCUCCUGUAAGCCAAGGUCUAUGAUUUGAAUUCACCUCUGACUUUGGAGAGUGCCCCAGGUUGAGGGAGAAUGGGUCGGGGUGUCCACAGGGACUGUGAGCAGUGCUGGUUGCUAAUUGUGGAAACACACGUUUUCCACCCAAAGUGUUCUCCCUUUAUUCCACCUAGUGCUUUAUGCUAAGGCAUUACUAAUUAAAUCCAGAUACUCGUGAAACCAAGCAGACAGACUGGCAACUGCAGUACUACUUCAAAACUGUGUGUGUUUAGCAAGUGGUACCUGCCAUACCAGCAUCCUGGAGUGUUUGCUUUACCAGCAGGAUGUCCAGCAAAUAGAAUUUCCUCCUGUUUGCUGGUGCAUGGCCUUCUGUCCGAGUCAAACUGGCAAUGGUAGUUUACACAGUCUGCAUUUGAGGGGCGAGCAGAAACUGGAGUGCAGGAAGAGGGAAGAAAGAUAGUUUACUGUAAAUUGACUUGUGCAGAGAAUUGACCUCAGUCCAUUUUACAGUGCACUGGUUAUAUGGACCACAUCUAACUUGUAACAAAAGGUCAUUGAAUGUGAGCUGUAGAACAAACAAAGUCCUGAAGAAGAAACAACAGAUAGUUUCAUUUCCCUUUCAUGCUGGGGGACAUUGGCCAGAUCUUUGCAAUGCUGAAGAGUGAGAACACUUGAGGGUGUAUUACCUUAUUGCACAGAAAACCCACAUAUCCUAACCCUAAACUCUUUGGGUUGUUCUGAAGGCCUCCAGCAGCGAGAAUGAAAACGAAGAGCUAACAUCACACUCACAAAUUGAUUAAAAAUACACAAAAGGGAAUGUUAAAAGGCCUUUUUAUAUCAAAAUGGUUGUAAAAGGCACAACUUGUUAUUUGCUGUUCAGUUGCACUUUAAGAAUAUGACUUGCAUAUCAAAUAGUGGGGUUUUUUUACUCUGAAUAUUUUUAAUUCAAAUUUUGUAUUUUUGAAGCUGAAGAAGGCUCUUGUGAGCACAAGAUUCCUUAUUUGUACCUGAAUCAGAGCAGGAUGUUCUAGCUCUUGGUGCUGCCCGACUCAGCAGCACUGACUCAGCCAUGUGCAUUCAAUGACAUGUGUCCAUUGCCCGUGUGAGGAGAGCCAAGAGACCCUCAGCUCCCCGAGACGUGGGCACGCAAGGGUGGGUGGCUGUGCCCAGGUGACAUGGUCCUGACCUGGGGCUGGCCACUUCAUCCUGACAGCACGUGUGAAGAGAGCCGAGCUUGGAACCUGAGCCGUGUUCAUUAGAAAUGGGUGCACUGAGGAUGGGGCAAGCACUUCAGCCCCCUUCAGGGAAGGGAGGGGAACACCAACUCCUAGAAGGAAACUCCCAGGAGCCAAAUGGAGAUGGGGGAGUGAGGACUGCCAGAACAACUAAUCUGCUGUUUUCACAGUACCUUUUUUUCUUUUUUUUAACUGUUUUGUUCUUUUUAACCAUUUUCUCAUUAAAAGUCACAACCAGCUGUAAAAUUCUGAGCUUCAGAGAACUACUGUGUGGGGAGGUGACAAGACAUUUCAGCUCCAACUUUUCAGACAUAUUCCUUCUUUCAGUUAACCAAUACCCCCUGGCCUCACUAGGGCAUGUUAUAAACUGCAUUGCUGAACAUAUUUUAGAGCAAACCGCAAGUUUUAAAAGUCUGUCCUACUCUCUCCGUCUCUGCAUUUUCUGUAAAUAUUUGUUUGUAUGUAAAGGCACCAAUGGAUCCUUGGGGUGCUCCCACGGUCAAGAAUCUGCAUUUUGUGCAAUGCCUAGGCCUCUGUUAGAACACGGUGCUUGCGUAGAGCUAGUCACCACAUUUGUGUGCACUCUGGUGGGUUUUGAUAUUUUUAUACAUCCUAAUCCUGAAUGUUAUGAAAUAUUCUAAGUGGUCUAGACAGCAUGAUCUAGAGCAGCCAGCAGUUCCCUUUUGUGAGCAGCUACACCUUGUUUGGUUAACAUUCUUCUAAAAUGAGUUUUCCAUUAAGUGUUUACACCACACACCAGUGGAUUGAGAGAGGUGUUGCAUUGUAAAAUCUCCCGUGUACAAACUGAAAAGCUGCAAUGGGAAUUUCAGUUGUCACUGUCUGCAAGGAAGAGAGCUCUAAAGCUCUAAAUACUAAAAACCAGCCUAUCUAUAGUUCAGAGAAAGAGAUCGCUGGCUGUUGACCUUUUCAAAGUAACAGAGAUGAGAAGCUUUCCAGAAGUUCCUGCUUUUGGAUUGUUCAAAGACUGCUUGGCAGGUACUAGGCAGGGUGGCAGGCAGAUGCGGACGUCACUGAAAGCAGGUGUGAAGGGGAGGAUGCCAUGUUGUGAUGGCAUUGCAGUAAUUUAAAUACUCUGUAUCUCUGGGUGCAUGCGUGUGUGUGUGUGAAGUCUAAUCCAGGCAAAGGGAAUUUGCUUUGGCAUCUUCCUUUUUGUAUGAACGUGAACUCUGAUAUUCAGAUUGUUCAAGGCAUUUACGGUUGGCAUGUAUGGAGCGUUAACAGAAAAGCAAAUACCCUACCUGUACAAAACCAACUCUGUUCCAGCCUGUUUUCUUCUAUUUGGUUGUGUUUAAUCGUUUGUUUUUAUGCACACUUGCUUCAUUGGUGUUGAGAUUUUAGCACCUCAGAUGGCCAACUGAACUAAAAAAAAAAAAAAAUAAAAGUCAUUAAUUAUUUUUUA